AUGAACAAGAAGAACUUAGAUCCAAAUAUUGGAGUUGGAGGCAAGGCAGAUGGAAAGAUGAACAACAAGGGACAGGCGCCACAAGUCGUCCCACCAGUACUACCUUAUCCAACUGUUCCACACAAGGUAGGUGGCGCUGCAGUGGUUCCAGGAGCGGCUGUCCCAACAUCAAAGACAUUGUCCAUCACAAAGGAUGUUUCAUUGGUAGAGGUUACGCCAAAGCAACUACAUGAGUUACAAUUGGAUAUUGAGAACAUCAAUCUACAAUUGAAGAGGUUGUUUCAAUUCCAGGAGCAAACGUAUCGUUGGAAUAUGAAGCAUCAUGAGAAUAUGAAGAAGAUUAUCAAGUCAUUCAAUGUAUUGAAUAAUAUAAUGAGACAAGAUAGUAAUGAGAGUAGUUCUUCAUCAGGUGUAUCAACAUCUAGAAGUCAGGAGACCAAGCAACUAGCAGACAAAAGGAGAAAGAACGAUACGAAGAGCACCAACAUUGUAUUCUACGAGAAGGCCAAUCCAUCAUCAAGAGAUAGUGGUCAGGACAACAACUUCAAUCAAGAAGUUAUUGACCUUUACAAGAGAUAUGGACCUGUCUCCGAGGAACUCCAACAAUUGUUAUCUGACCUUGAUUAUAGUCUAUUUGUCCAACUCAAAGAAGAGUCAAUGGAGAUCAUUCUUCCAGUUCUCCUCAAGUGGAUUAAGGGUAGGUAG